AUCAGGGUACGGUGUGUACAUGACUGGUCCUUGUGCCGGCAGCGGUCUUUAGAAGUUGAUUCAGUCUUGUUCAUUCUGGAAGUUAAGUUUGGUUGACAUCACAGUCAGAAUGGCGUCUUUGAGAUGCCUCAGAUCUUUACAGUGGGUGGUCUCCAAGGCCUUCCUGUCAAGAAGUAUCACAACGUCCUUGCCGGCCGCUUCUCAGCAGAUGACGGUCCGUGAUGCCUUGAAUGCUGCCCUGGAUGAGGAACUGGCCCGCGAUGAGAAGGUGUACAUUAUGGGGGAGGAGGUGGCGCUGUACGACGGUGCCUACAAAGUCACCCGCGGCCUGUACGAGAAGUACGGGGAGAAGAGGAUCCGAGACACGCCCAUCACAGAGAUGGGGUUUGCCGGGAUAGCUGUGGGGUCAGCCAUGGCGGGGCUCAGACCCAUCUGUGAGUUCAUGACGUUCAACUUUGCCAUGCAGGCCAUAGACCAGGUCAUUAACUCUGCCGCCAAGACCCACUACAUGUCGGCUGGACAGGUUUCUGUCCCUAUUGUCUUCCGUGGACCCAACGGAGCUGCGGCUGGUGUCGCGGCUCAGCAUUCCCAGUGCUUCGCAGCCUGGUACGGUCACUGUCCUGGGUUGAAGGUUGUCAGCCCUUACUCCUCAGAAGACUCCAAGGGACUGCUGAAAGCGGCCAUCAGGGACGACAAUCCCGUUGUCGUGCUGGAAAAUGAACUGCUGUAUGGCACGGCCUUCGACAUGUCCGACGAGGCCAUGAGGGAGGAUUUCCUGAUUCCAAUCGGCAAGGCCAAGAUCGAGAGGGAAGGGACGGACGUGACACUGGUGGCCCACAGCAUCAGUGUGCAGCGCUGCCUGGAGGCAGCCCAGCAGCUGCAAUCAGAAGGCGUCUCGGCCGAGGUUAUCAAUAUGCGCACCAUCAGACCGAUGGAUGAAGAGGCCAUUGUGAACUCCGUCAAGAAGACUAACCACCUAGUGUCAGUGGAGGGCGGCUGGCCGCAGUUUGGCGUUGGGGCUGAGAUCUUAGCUCGAAUGAUGGAGAAUGAAGCGUUUGACUACCUGGAUGCCCCGGCCGUCCGUGUCACAGGGGCCGACAUCCCCAUGCCCUAUGCCACCUUGCUGGAGCAGGCUAGCUUACCCACAGCCACCAGCAUAGUGGACACUGUCAAGAAAUUGCUGCUCGUUGAAACCAAGCAGUCGGUACAACACUGACAACAGCAGUGACGUCUACUCAAAAUUUGGUUUUAUAUUGAAUGGUUUUAACAUGGUAUGCUGGGCCUUCAAAACAGUGUCAAACAAACAAAAAGUUUUACUGGCCCUACUGUGGCUCAGGUGCUGUGAAGCUGAACUCAGUAUCAGAAAUGGUUAAAUUGAAAUGUAGGUUUAUCAAGUUUGCUAAAAAGUAAGUUAUCUGUACAAAUUAAAUUAGUGUUCAAGUCUUUGAUCAUAGGAACUGUUUUUAAACCUUUCAAGGGUAACUGAUUCAUGCAAAAUGCAUUGAUUGGAUUCCAAUCUCUGGUGAUGUCACCAUGGGGCCCAGUUUCAUGACAUUGCUAAUGAUUCCAACAGAACUUCUGGCCUAUUCAUGGAGACCAUAUGCUGUUAGUCCAGCAAAGAGCCUUCAGAAGCAAGAUGUGCCUAAAACAGUAACGGAACACUAAAAAUCCCCAUUGGCUUUAUGCUCAAGACACCCAUUUCAGAUCUUGCUCCCUGAACCCACUAUGCAACACUCUAAAAUGGGUGGGAACCCGACUAUUUUGCCAUUGUUACAGGUGUAGCCUCACUUUGGGAAAAAUAUUUUUCAUUGGGACAGUAAAGGUAGAGCACAAAGAUGGUCAUCUGAAUAUUGCCCCUGUGGCAUCUUCUUCAUUUUUUUAUGAAUACUGUGAAAGUUUUAAGGAUCGCCUCGCUUUUGAUUCAAGAUGGUUGUCUCAUAAAUAGGCUUGUGUGGGCGAAAGUGUUAGAACAUCUGCUCCGUAAAAGACACACAUGUUUUUCUGCAAUUUGGUAAACACUGAAGUGCCACGAAUUCUCAGUUCUCAAGGCCGUGGUUGAGAGAGAAGCCCAGACAAAAAAUCUUUGUAGUUUCACCUUGACAAAGCAGUCCUCUUGUCAAGAAGCAUUUAGAGGGCGUGAGUGUGAAUUCCAACUUCCCAUAUUUCAGUUCAAUUGAUUCUGACCUCGAGGGCAUCACUGAUCCCUGACAUGACAGUAGAUUUUGUGGUGAAACAGUCACAAAAGGUAAACAAAAUAUUUCUACGUCCAAAUAUUAAAUUAGCUGCUAGCUGGGGGCUUGGAAAAGCACAUUCAUAUUGUUGCCAAAUGCAACCCUUUCAUUCAGAUGCAACCCAGUAUUAACCGCUGCCGCAGGUGGUUACAAGCGGGUUCUUGCACGCAUUCUGCGUGUACGUGAAGACCAUACGUGCUGGAGUAAAUUUGUUACGCGUACUCGGCGUGCUCCGCGUCAAACGCGCAUAUACUUGGGUGCCCUAUGGCGCACCUGUGCGGUGAGUACCAAAAAAACGUGCCAUCUUUUGUUCCGCUCGGAGUGGUUUACUUGUAGUGACCCCCAUGCUUGUUAAUAGCAAACGAAAAGGUGUGUGUGGGUAGCACUGUUGGCAAAAAUUUGACAAGGGGAACAGAAAUGUAACCUAUCUGCUAAUGUGUAGUAACCUACGAGUUUGUACCAGGAACCAUGUCACAACCGUGAGUGGGAGCUGGUGAAUAGUCGGAGAGCUGUAAAUAAAAACUAGAGGGCUUACUUAUGUACAGAGUGAUGCCUGCUGGCCACAUCUGUGUUUGUGCAAAAACCCAUGGAAAAGUCGAAAUUUUGUACGGCUAUUUGCAAAUCUGCAUCUGUAUUCUAAAACGAUGCAUCAGUAAAAAAAACGUAAUGCACAAUCAGAAAAUGAGUGUGUCAUUUUGCUCUGCGUGAACAACACAAAUGCAUGUGUGUAUGCGCUACAGAUAAUUUUGCCGUGACUUUUUUUAAUCGGAUUUUAGCAGUAUCUGAUGCACAUUGCAUUCAGAGUACAUAAUUCGAUAUUCAUUCUAUCCAAUUUCCAAUAUUCUACAAGACACGCACGUGGAUUGAAAAUGUCUGCAUCCAGGACAACAUCAAAUUUUCUCUGAGCAGUUGAAAGGCUAGCGUUCUAGUAAUUUAAUAGAGCUCUAUGUUUAUAGUUCAUUGGUUUUAAGUUCAUCGGCAGAAUGACAAUUUUCAGGUCUGUUUGUCACUGGUCUCCCUCUCUUAGGCUUACCAACACCUGUGAUAGAUGCAUAUAUUGGAAUUGGAAUAAAACGAAAUGGAUUAACAAUUGUUAAGGUUUCCAAUCUGCCCUGUUACGCGGGAUUUUCCGAGUUUGGGACAUACACGUACUCCGUAAAAUCCCUCACGGUUUGCAAAAUGGUUACAAUUAUUCUUGCUUUGGCUGGAUCUAGUGGCCGUUGCAGAUCACAAGUAUUGUCCUGACAAGUGCACAUUACAACAGAAAACACCUGGACAAAAACACACUCAUUAGAAUAAAGAAUAUCUUCUUUAAUUACAGUUUUUCUUUAAGUACAUAUAUUGCGUAAACUUUUCAUAGAUUCUCCUUACAUAAAUUUAAACAGUAUUCCAUUUUUGUGAUUGUUUGCCAACAAUUUCCAAUGAAUCUAAUGAACGAGUCUUAAUUAUUAAGAGCAUGUUUAAACUUCAACAAGAAGCGACAUAUUUGAGAAAAGUAAAUUCCUGUAUGUAGAAAACGGUGACAACUAUUGAUUCUCCGGAGUACAG